GUAGCCUGGAUAUAAUGGAGCAUGUUUGAAUGAAAAAAGACCUCACCAGCCUUUUCCUGUUCUGAGAGUGUCAAAGCACAUAGUCAUAAGUGUUGCUUCAUUCUCAUACAUGAGUCACUGAGUACCUUGUUGGUGUGAGUUAACAAUCUUUGAGCACAGCCCAAGCCUCUCGGUCUUCAGAAGGCCACGCCGUAAAAGAAAUGGGACUAUCGUCACAUAAAUUGUGCAGAGUUUGCCUUAGGUCAGUAUUGCCGUAUGUCUUGACAUCUACCACCCUGCACAGCUUAAUUUUAAAAUAGCUGGUGAACAUUGGCUACGUUUACAUGCACAUCAGUAUUCCGAUAUUAAUCGGAAUUUGGCAAUAUUCUAAUUAGUAUUGAGUCAUGUAAACACCGCAAUCCGAGUGCCAGAUUCCGAUUGAGACAAUGUUCUUGAUUCCCCAGAUUCUGAUUCCCACCCCUGGAAUAUGCCAGUUUUAAUUGAAAAUUUGUUGCAUAUAAACACCUUAUUCAGAAAAUCCACUGAAAAUCCACUGAAAUUCAGGCAUACUUACAACCACCAUGUAUAUAGGAAUAUUCCGAUGCCUGUACGCAUAUAAACUUAGUAUUCAGAAUAUGGCUGCAACCUGAAUGUAGACCUUAAACAGAAUUUGAUGUGCGUGUAGACCUUAAAAAUAGCUGGUGAAUAUUGAGAUACUGAAGGCUUUGAAGGAAGGAAAUAGUGAACUUAGAAGCUGGUUGAGAAAUUUCUUUCUGACAGUGCCAGGCUUUACAUUAUAUGGCUAAAAGUAUGUGGACACAUGACCAUCACACCCAUAUGUGGACAGGAUACAGACCUGUCCUCCCGUCGAUCAUCAUGGGGAAUGUAAAAUUACAGAGGCAUUCUGAACUGGUGUGUUGUCAUGCUGAUCUUGAGCAAUGCACGUCUGUUCUUGGAAAACCUUCUCAGGUAUGGUGUACUAGUGGACCCCAUUCAGGUGGUGUCGUUGUUCCUGAAGAACCCGUAUAGCUGGCCUGCUGCAUGCCUGGUCAUUGUGUCAAAUGUGUUCAUACUUGUGGCGCUGUACACAGAGAGGAGAUUAGUCACUGGAACCUUCAGUGAGCAGAUUGGCCUGAUUAUUCAUAUCAUCAAUCUGUCAGUAAUCUUGUGCUUUCCAGUGGUCACUGUGCUCAUGUUGCCCUCUGUAACCCCAGUUGGCGGUGCCUUUGCGUUGGCCGUCUACACUAUCCUGUUUCUGAAGCUAUACUCGUAUAAGGACGUGAACAGGUGGUGCAGGGAAAGGAUGCAGGCGAAGGCUCGCAGCCUGUCCAGAUCACUGUCAUGUCCAUCAACACCGUCUAUCAGCGGAGAAGUGUAUGUGUCCUAUCCUGGAAACCUCUUUCUGAAAGAUUUGUAUUAUUUUGUUUUUGCUCCCACCUUGUGCUAUGAGCUGAACUUUCCUCGUUCUAAGUCUGUACGUAUGGGAUUCCUGCUCAGGAGGUUGUUUGAGAUGUUGCUGCUCACUCAGCUGUUAGUUGGCUUAACACAGCAGUGGAUGGUACCAAUCAUACAAAGUUCAAUGAAGCCAUUGCAGGAAAUGGAUUUCUCCAGAAUGAUUGAGCGCCUGCUCAGGCUAGCAGUCCCCAACCACUUUCUCUGGUUGAUAUUCUUUUACUGGUUUUUCCACUCAUCCAUGAACUUUGUGGCUGAGCUUCUGAGAUUUGGAGAUCGAGAAUUUUACAGAGACUGGUGGAAUGCAGAAACUGUAACUUAUUUCUGGCAAAACUGGAACAUCCCUGUCCAUAAGUGGUGCCUUCGACAUUUUUACAAGCCCUUGCUGAGAAAGGGGGCCAGCAAGUUAGUGAGCCAAUCAGCAGUAUUCUUCGCCUCAGCCUUUUUUCAUGAGUAUCUGGUCAGUGUUCCUCUGAGGAUGUUCAGACUGUGGGCAUUCAUGGGCAUGAUGGCUCAGCUGCCAUUGGCAUGGUUCGUGGGCAGGUUUCUCAGGGGUAACUAUGGAAAUGCUGCUGUGUGGCUUUCUCUGAUAAUUGGCCAGCCAAUAGCUGUUCUUAUGUACGUCCAUGACUACUACGUCAUCCACCACCUGGAGGAAGCAGCAGAACCAGCACCUCUCUAAGCUGCAGACUGCGUACUGCUACCAAAACUGUCCCACUGCCGUCCAGCUCAUAUCUCCAAUAAUCACGCCUUUAAGGACGUCUUCCUCAAAGAAAAAGAAGAAGGAUCUUCAUAGGCAUAAAACACAUUCACUGGGAUUCAUUUUAAACAAAUGCUUUAAUAGUGGUGCCUUACUGAGAUUAUUUUAAAGUUACUGCUUGUAUGCAGCAGAUGUAUUUCACAUUUGUACAGCAUUACAGGCUUGGACAGAUAUGAUUUUUUAAAUGUGUUUUUUAAAUAUUGAUAUUACUUUACACUUACUGCUCAGAUACAGCAGAUAGAUCACAUCUAUAGCAUUAUAGGGUUAGAACGGAAAGAUGUAUUUUUUAUGUGUUUAAGGGUUUUUUUUAUUUAUGUAAUUUUAGAUAAUUUUGCAAAAAGAUACAAAACAUUUUGUGUCUAAAUGGUUAACACUGACAAUUAUUUUGCAUGAAAAGAACAUUUGUAAACUGUUAAUGUUUUAAUUUAAUAUAAUGUUUGUUUCUCAGUGUGUUCUGAUCUACUCUGAGCUCAUGAGAGUAUACUGGAGAAUUCAGGGGCUUAAUUGUGUAAAAUCAGGGAGUGCCACCUACUGGUGUCUUGUAAAUCGUAAAGUGUAUGAAUGAAACUCUUAGGCUAGGUAAUUAUACCUUCAUGUGGAGACAUUCAUCAAACAUAAUUAUAUUCCAUAGAAUAGUGAAUACAGUGUAAUCUCCGACUGCGAUAUUUUCUGCAGAUUUAGUCCUUUUGGAGCCAUUUGUUUUCAAGAUGAUGAGGGUGCCAGGUCCGUCCAAUCAGUACAAGUUGGUGAUAAAUGGCUUUGGAGAUAAGUUGUAUAAUAGCUUGUGGUAGUACUGUAUAAACAUCCUAUCUCCAACACUGAGAUGCAGGCAUGAUUUCACACAGCGCUAUCUUAAAGGUUGAUUGCACGUUACAACACUAUGGCCUGUUUAAAACACUGCCUGACACACGGUACUGGAAGAAUGAUUACAGUGCAGGGAAUCAAUGCCAUUGAUGCAGAGAUGCAGUUUAUCUAUUUUUACCAGUAGCACUGUGCUCUAGUCUGCAUUAAGUUUGUUGUAAAUUCUUUAGUUUUGUAACUUUAGGAAUUGCAUGUGUACAAAAUGAGUUUUAUAAUGGAACAUUGCGUCCUCAAUUUUAAAUAUAAACAUUGUUUACAUUGUUUCUAGUUCCUUUGCAUUGACAUUUUGUACUUUUGUCAUGUGGACAUUGGCACAAAUCUUAGCAGUGAAUAAAGUCAUGAUGUUGAGGUUGUGGGAUAA